UUUACUAUACUUUUUUCAACACUCAUCCAGUCCUUAGCCCUUAAGGCUUCUCUUCUCCAUCUUCCCAACUUCUUUCACAUUUAGAAAUUCAGAUCCACAAACCCAAGUUUCUCUGUGUUCUUUCAAUGGCUGAUACAUUUUCUCAGACUUCCAAACCCAAAAGACAAGAUACAUCUCCCGAUUCAAAUCCAAGUAAGUUUUCUUAUAAUUAUCUGUACAAAGCUGCUCUUGUUACAAUUUUUCUUCUUCUUCUUCCAUUUUUCCCUUCCCAACCUCCUGAAUUCAUUAACCAAACCCUGCAUGCUAGAAGUUGGGAGCUUCUGCAACUUAUUUUUGUGGGUAUAGCCGUCUCUUAUGGUCUUUUUAGCAAGAAAAAUGAAGGAACUGAUAAAGAUCAUGUCUCGAAGUUCGAUAAUGCACAAACAUAUGUAUCUAAAUUGCUUCAGGUUUCAUCAGUUUUUGAUGAUGAAACCGAAAACCAAACUUUAGUUGAUGAAAACAAGGUUCAAACCUGGAAUUCUCAGUAUUAUAGGGGGGAACCACUCAAGGUAGUGGCUGAAGAAAGCCCUAUCAGCGUCAAAGAACAAACAGCUACUAGUUCAGGAGUUGGCCAAAAGCCUUUGCUUUUGCCUGUUAGAAGUCUCAAACAGCGUGUGCCAGAGACUGUUGAGGUAGAUGAUUCCAAUGGAAAAACCAGUUCACGGAUUAAUAGAUCAAGAUCCAAUUCAGGGUCAAAAAGAUUUACCAGCAGCAGUUCAAAAAAUUCUAGGCAUGACGAACUUGGAGAGAUAAAUCCUGUAAAUUUGGAGGAAAAAGUGGAGGAUAAUGUUGUCCUCCGGUCGCCGAUUCCAUGGCGAUCAAGAUCAGGAAGGAUGCAAAUGAAGGAAAAUGGGGAUAACCCUCCUCCAUAUUCAAUGGAGGAUCCUGAAUUCAGUAGCCUGGAGUCACUUUCUUUAAGGUCAUCAAGGCCUAAUUCUACUUGUUCAACACCAAAAACUUUAUCUCCUUCGCCAUCCAUAACCUCUUCCAAAAAGCUUUCUUCUUUAUCGUCAACAGAAUCUCAAGCCAAAAGUUGUGAAGAUUUUAUGAGGAGGAAGAACUCCGACAAGUUUUCGCCUCCACCUCCACCUCCACCUCCACCUCCACCACCACCUCCUCCACCUCCAACUCAUCUUCGGAAAUCUGUAUUGAUGAAAUCGAAUUCAAGUGUUUUGAAUGAUGCAGAGAAGCAAAUGAGGCGGAGCAUUAGGAGUGUUCCAACGCAAGAAUUGAGCGAGAUAGAAUUAGACGAACCACCAAGAAGAGCCAAUUUCGGGUCAGAUUUCAAGGCUGCUAGAGUUGGAAGUGAUGAUGUUCCAUUCGUUGGGAAGUCUGUUCGAACAAUUAGACGUGGUGAAUUUCAAACAGAGGAAAAUCCCCAACAAUACGAAGCAGCGAUCUUCCUCGACAGAAGUGAAGGAGAUACUAACAAAUCCAUGCAUGAAAAUGUUAUUCCUAUUAAUGCAUCAUCAAAGAAGGAACCCAUUAAUUUGAAAACUAGUGAUGAUGAUGAUUACUCCUCGGAGACUGAGUUUGAAGAUGAUUACUUCGAAGGAAGCAGUUCAGGCAAUAAUGGAGAAGAUAGUGGUAAUGAUCCAGGGCGCGAUGUGGACAAGAAGGCCGAUGAGUUCAUUGCAAAAUUCAGGGAACAGAUCAGACUUCAAAGAAUCGAGUCUAUCAGAAGAUCCACUAAACAGCGUGCAGCUGCAAACACUUCGAGCAACAUCCACAAGAAAACAUGCUUCAUCAAUUUACACCCAACGGCAAUAGGGCGGGGGCGCUACUAUGACAGGGGCUGUGACAGGCUCCACUUUGGAGGGGGCACCAAAUAUGCACCCUAUUACAAGGCCUGUCAAAAGGGAAUCCAACUUCCAUCAUAAAAAUAUUACUCCCUUCGAUAGAGCCAAUUGGUUCAACUUCCAGGCAACUCUAGUGCAAUGGGGGGUAUGUUUGGCAUUUGUGAAGCUACUUUUUAUUUAUAUGUUUUGUGAGGCACAAGUAUUAUUCACUUAUCUACUUUUAUUUUAGGGCAUAU